AUGCCUUUGUGUACCAACUUCAUGAAGGACUUGCUUUCAAAGAAGAGAAAAUUGAAGGAGGAUGCUACAAUGACUCUUACUGAGGAAUAUAGUGCCAUAUUGCAGCAAAAGUUGCCUCCUAAGUUGAAAGAUCUGAGUAGCUUCACAAUCCCCUGCACUAUAGGGAAUGUGACCAUUGGUAAGACUUUAUAUGACUUGGGGGCCAACAUCAGCUUAAUGCCACUUUCUAUCUUGAAGAAAUUGGGAGUUGGUGAAGUUAAAAAUACAAGAAUGGCUCUCCAACUAGUUGAUAGAUCCAUCAAGUACUCGUAUGUUAUAAUGGAGGAUGUGUUGGUGAAGGUGGACAAGUUAAUUUUUUCAGCAGAUUUUGUUAUCCUGGAUAUGGAUGAAGAUUUUGAAGUGCUUGUGAUCCUUGGAAGACCUUUUCUAGCCACUAGAAGAACACUAAUUGAUGUGCAACAAGGGCAAUUAAUUUUGUGCCUACAUGAUGAGAAAGUUACAUUCAAGGUAUUUGAGGCAAUGCAGCACUCGGAUGACAAGGAUACUUGCUUUAGAAUUGAUACAGUGGAUUCACUUAUUGCAGCAACAACUUUGAAGCAGAACACUUCUGUCGAUCCAUUUGAGAAGGUGGUAGCCAAUGCAAUUAUGAAAAUUGAUGAGGAGAGUGAUGAAGAAAUGCAAGAGUGCAUGCAACAGCUUGAGGCUCAACCAAUUUGGCAGAAAAGUUCACUAAGAGAAUCAUUAGAAGGAGGAAGAGUGGAAGAAUCACGAAGGCUUGAGUUGAAACCUCUUCCCUCACACUUAAAAUAUGCUUUUGUGGGGGAGAAGGAAACACUUCCUACGAUAAGAAACAAUACCUUAUCACAGUUAGAUGAAUAG